AGGAAGGGUCUGGAUGUGGAAUUUUGAUCAGGCUAGGGCUAGGCGACGCCAAAGAGGCUCUGCCUCCCUACUGCGAGCAGCGGUUUCGAGGUACAGCCCGGGGUCUUCAGCAAGCGCAGAACCACGCGUACCCGAAGCCCACUCGGAUGCUGGGCGCCCGCAUUGGGGCUGCGCUUUCCCUUUUGCGCUCCGUCCUCGCGCUGCUUCAGGCCGGGCUCAGAACCCCACGCCUUGCCGACUUCCUGAGCCGUUCCUCCAGCACUGGGGUGCACAAUCGUGCCGGGGGAUCCAGCCCCUCAUCUGCGCGUGGCCGAGCCCUGGGUGGCGGCGACUGUGUUCGGGGCGGUACAGUGAGAUCCGGGGAGGGUGGGGGACCAGGGCGGCGCGCAACUCUGGUUCCACCCGGAGAGCACCAGGAACGCGGGGCGUGGCCAGGCCGGCCCACAGGCUCAGCGCCCUCCCCGCGCCGCUGCGAAGUUGAGCAAAAAAGUUUAAGGCCGGAGGGGAGCGAUCCCUUGGAGUCGGUGUCAGCCCAGUGCUUCAGCUGUCCCUCUGUCGCGGGGCUGAGCCCGAGAGGAGCUGCUUUCCGCCACUGGCCGCUAGUGGGACAGACUGGGGUGAAGAGCCGGUCCGACGAAGAAAGCCCACUGACUCAUGCGUCGGGCCCGAAUCCGGUGUCCCUUGGAACGGAACGUUCGUGGGUGGGAAGCUCAGUCUGGAAAGCUAGAUCCCCGACCCACAGGGCUCUCCGGUGAUUCAGUCGCAUGCAGCACCCUCCGCGAGAUCUGGCCGCCUCGGGGAAUGACGAGGGCGCGCUCACAGCCCAGGGAGGUGGAGAGGGCGAGCCCCACGGCCAGUCGCCAGAUACCCUCCUGGGCAACACCGAUAAGCAGCUGAACGCAGGAGCCGCCGUUACCUCUAGCAGUGCCGGGGCAGCACCGGUGGCCUCUUUUCAGCGGGAGCCCCGCGACCUGGCUAUGGAACUAGCAGACUGCCCCCGGGGACUGCUCCCACGGCCCUGCAGAGUGCUGGUGCUGCUGAACCCCCGGGGUGGUAAGGGCAAGGCCCUGCAGCUCUUCCAGAGCCAAGUGCAGCCCCGGCUGGAGGAGGCAGAGAUAUCCUUUAAACUGAUGCUCACCGAACGACAGAACCAUGCCAGGGAGCUGGUGUGUGCAGAUGAGCUGGGUCGCUGGGAUGCCCUGGUGGUCAUGUCUGGUGAUGGUUUGAUGCACGAGGUGGUGAAUGGACUAAUGGAACGGCCUGACUGGGAGACUGCCAUCCAGAAGCCACUGUGUAGCCUCCCUGGAGGCUCUGGCAAUGCGCUGGCAGCUUCCAUGAACUACUAUGCCGGGUACGAGCAAGUGACUAAUGAAGAUCUCCUCAUCAACUGCACAGCGCUGUUGUGCCGCCGGCACCUGUCACCCAUGAAUCUGCUGUCCCUGCACACUGCCUCUGGACUGCAGCUCUAUUCAGUGCUCAGUCUGUCCUGGGGUUUUGUUGCUGACGUGGACCUCGAGAGUGAGAAAUACAGGCGCUUGGGGGAGAUUCGAUUCACUGUGGGAACCUUCUUUCGGCUAGCAAGCCUGCGCAUCUACCAAGGCCAACUGGCCUACCUUCCCGUAGGAAAUGCCUCCAAGACACCUGCUUCUAGGCUGGUGCAGAAGGGCCCUGUCAACACACACCUUGUUCCUCUGGAAGAGCCUGUGCCUUCUCACUGGACUGUGGUGCCGGAACAGGAUUUCGUGCUGGUGCUGGUGCUGCUACACACCCACCUGAGUUCCGAGAUGUUUGCAGCACCCAUGGGCCGCUGCGAGGCUGGUGUGAUGCAUCUGUUCUAUGUGCGGGCGGGAGUGUCGAGGGCCUCGCUGCUGCGCCUCUUCCUGGCCAUGCAGAAGGGCAAGCAUAUGGAGCUUGACUGUCCAUACUUGGUUCAUGUGCCCGUCGUCGCCUUCCGCCUGGAGCCCAAGAGCCAGAGGGGCGUGUUUUCCGUGGAUGGAGAGCUCAUGUGCUGUGAGGCUGUGCAGGGCCAAGUGCACCCAAACUACAUUUGGAUGGUCUGUGGCAACAGGGAUUCGCCGUCUGGCUGGGACUCCCAGCAGAGGCCACCUCCAUCAGAACCAUUAUGACUCUGCUUGUGUCUAUGUCUACACUGAGAUGGGGCCCUCCCCUGCAUCCAUCUCCUGGUAUGGGAGGUUAUUUCUAAAGCUCAUAUGGAGGUGAUGGGGACCCCUGUAGAUAAAGCUAGGUUGGGUAGUGGUGGCGCACCCCUUUAAUCCCAGCACGUGGGAGGCAAAGGCAGGCGGAUUUGAGUUUGAGGCCAGCCAGGUCUACAGAGUUCUAGGACAGCCAGGGCUACACAGAGAAACCCUGUCUCUGAGGGGAAUAAAGAAAAAGAAAAAUCUAGAAGGUGGGGCUAUCUCUUGGAAAGAAAGGUUCUACCCUAUAAUUAGAAUGGGACCCUGGGUAGAGUUCCACUGGCCGGGCCAGCAGUUGCAUAUAGAAGGCACUCCUCAGUGCUCUAGGGGACCUUCCCUGAGAACCAGAUUCAAAUAAAGAGACUUUUCCAA